AAUCAGGAGCUAGAGUUUGAAUGGGUUUUAUAUAAACACUCACCCCUGCCAGCGUGGGGCUGGGAUCUCAGGGUAAACUCAUGGCUUCUGGCCUGAUGCUUGCCUGGCGUGGUUCUCGCUCUUGAACAUCAAGGUUUAAGCCCAGCCUGAGGACUAGGAACUCUCCCUUGGAAUUUGAGCAACCUGAAGCCAGUUGCAGAACUGCACAGGGUCCCGAUGGACCUCAAGGAGAGCCCCAGCGAAGGCAGCCUGCAGCCCUCCAGCAUCCAGAUCUUUGCCAACACCUCCACCCUCCAUGGCAUCCGCCACAUCUUCGUGUAUGGGCCGCUGACCAUCCGGCGUGUGCUCUGGGCCAUGGCCUUCGUGGGUUCCCUGGGCCUGCUGCUGGUGGAGAGCUCGGAGAGGGUGUCCUACUACUUCUCUUACCAGCAUGUCACCAAGGUGGAUGAGGUGGUGGCCCAGAGCCUGGUCUUCCCAGCUGUGACCCUCUGCAACCUGAAUGGUUUCCGGUUCUCCAGGCUCACCACCAAUGACCUGUACCAUGCUGGAGAGCUGCUUGCCCUGCUCGAUGUCAACCUGCAGAUCCCAGACCCACACCUGGCUGACCCCACGGUGCUGGAGGCCCUGAGGCAGAAGGCCAACUUCAAACACUACAAACCCAAGCAGUUCAGCAUGCUGGAGUUCCUGCAUCGCGUGGGCCAUGACCUGAAGGAUAUGAUGCUCUACUGCAAGUUCAAAGGGCAGGAGUGUGGCCACCAAGACUUCACCACAAAGUGGCAUCAGGCACUGCAUCCUGUGGGCUGGGCAGGAGUUGAAGCUGCCAGAGAAUGGGGUGUGGGGCCCCAGGCAGCCUGCAUGGCUCUAGUGGCUUUGGGAGUUUGCUGGAGCAGGUGA